AGCCCUCAGCCCCCCGGGCCCGGCGGAAGGCGGAACCGGCGCCGUGCCCGGGCGGGCGGGCUCCAGCUCUCCGGCAGCAGCUGCGGCGGCGGGAUUGAGGAGGCGUCCAGGGCAGAAACCGCCCCGGCGCGUCCCCUCCCGGCGGCGGCGCGGCCCGCCCGAGGCGUUCACCUUGCGCGGGGCGAGCGGGGCCGCAUGGAGCAGCCCGGGCGCGCCGCCCGCCUCGCCAGCGCCCCCCGCCCCGCGCCAUGAAGCUCGCCUAGCCGCGGCGGAGCCGACCGGAGCCCCGCACCGCCUGCCUGCCUGCCUGCCCGCCCGCCCGCCGCCCCCAUGGCGAAGGAGAGGAGCAGGAAGGCGCUGGUGGAGCUGCUCCAGCGGCCGGGCAACGCGGCGUGCGCCGACUGCGCCGCCCCGGACCCAGACUGGGCAUCCCACAGCCUAGGGAUCUUCAUCUGCUUGAAUUGUUCAGGAAUCCAUCGCAAUAUCCCACAAGUCAGCAAAGUGAAGUCGGUCCGUCUGGACGACUGGGAUGAUGCUCAAGUGGAGUUUAUGGCCUCGAAUGGAAACAACGUAGCAAAAGCAAAAUACGAAUCUAAAAUGCCACCGUUUUAUUACAAGCCAACGUUUCUUGACUGUCAACUGCUGCGGGAACAGUGGAUCAGAGCCAAAUACGAACGAAAAGAGUUCAUUCACAGCGAGAAGCAGGAGCCUUAUUCCGCAGGGUACCGAGAAGGAUUUCUGUGGAAGAGAGGACGCGACAACGGGCAAUUCUUAAGCCGAAAAUUCGUGUUAUCGGAGAGGGAAGGUGCGCUGAAGUACUUCAACAAAAAUGACGCAAAAGAACCCAAAGCAAUUAUGAAGAUUGAACAUCUAAAUGCGACUUUCCAGCCUGCAAAAAUCGGGAACCCACACGGACUGCAGAUCACUUACUUGAAGGACAAUAGCACAAGGAACAUCUUUGUCUAUCAUGAAGAUGGCAAGGAAAUAGUGGAUUGGUUCAACGCCAUCCGGGCAGCACGUUUUCAUUACUUACAAGUGGCAUUCCCGGGAGCCAGCGAUGUUGACCUGGUGCCAAAGCUUUCUAGAAACUACCUGAAGGAGGGGUACAUGGAGAAAACGGGGCCAAAGCAAACAGAGGGAUUCAAGAAGCGAUGGUUCACCAUGGAUGACCGACGGCUCAUGUAUUUCAAAGAUCCCCUGGAUGCCUUUGCCCGAGGGGAAGUCUUUAUUGGGAGCAAGGAGAACAGCUACAAGGUCCUGGAAGGGCUCCCGCCAUCCACGCAGGGAAACCACUGGCAGCACGGGAUAACCAUCGUCACCCCGGAUCGGAAAUUCCUCUUUGCCUGCGAGACGGAGGAUGAUCAGCUGGAGUGGAUUACGACUUUUCAGAAAGUUAUAAGCCGGCCGAUGCUGCCUCAGGAAUACGCAGUGGAAGCCCAUUUCAAACAUAAACCUUAGCUGGGACUGGCUGGGCAGACCUGAGGAGUGAGCUUCUGUUUACAACACAACAUGGUUUUAUUUGAAAUGUUAAAAAUAAUGAAUAAUAAUAAUAACAGUAGUAAUUAAUAAUAAUAAUAAUAAUACUUCCCUUUCCCCUCAUCAUUCACUUGAUCAUGCCGGAAACCAAGAAAGGUGGCAGUGAAAUGUCGGAGAAGAUGCUGAUCCAACCCGAAAUUCGGCUCUGUGGCGGCUCUGCGGGAUGCGCCGCUGGGACAGGUGCUCCUGCGACCCCGUCACCCCCCCCCCACCCCAAAAGGGGUGUCCCACCUGGCUUUGGCAGGAGAGCGAAGACUGUUGGUGGCCCAUCGGGGGGGCGAUGGGGCUUUUCCCCAGGAGCGGGUCCCUGGGGCUGGAGCUGAGCGAGCGUCCCCGCAGCCCCAGCUCUGCCCGCCCCUUCCCCGGGGGCUGCGGGUCCCUCAGCAGUGACGUCUGCACCGACCCAGACGGUGAUGCGUGAAAUGGCAUCGGGGUAAACGAUAAGUAAAUUACCUCAUCUGGGCGCGGUGGGGCAAAUGGGAUUUAGAAAGAGGAAAUCAGCACCGUUGGCCUCGUUAGCUGCUUAAUGAGGGGUAUGGAGGAGAGGUGCCCAGCGGGGGCAGAGCAGCAUCGGCCCCCCCAGCCCUGCAAGGGGGACACCGAGCCACAAGACGAUGCCGAGGAAGCGAAGCUUUUGGGGUUGGGGCCCGUGCUUUGCUCCCCGGGUCAUUCCUGUUUUAUGGUUCGGGGGGUUCACCCCAUCUUGGGAGCCCAGUGUGGGUGGCGGGGGGGGUUGAGCUUUAGGUGCGGUUUUGCUGACAGGCAUUGUAAGAGCCUGUCCCAGCCCUGGCAGGCGCAUCCCUCCAGCUGACGGCACUUUGCUUCUCCAGACUGGUGGUUGCACUUUUUUUUUUUUUCCCCUCCAAAAAUUCUCUCAAAUUUUUAUGUUGAUUUUUUUUUCUUGCCAAAAAAAAAAAAAAAAAAGAAAAAGCUGCUUGAAGUGACGUUUCAGCGCCGUGUUGAGCACUGUAAUUCCUGCGGUCGGGGCAGGCAGGCUGGGACCUGUACACCAUGUGCUGGAUUUUUACCCAAAACUGAAAUUUCCGUCGUCCACUGAAGUACCAGCCCCAGACACGGACCUGUCCGACGCGUUUCUUACGUUGGUGUGUGUAAAUGAGAGCAUCUCAUCGGCUGUAUGCAUUCGUUCUGUCACUGGUAAGACAACUGUGGUACUAAAUGUCAUUCGAACCAAUAAAUUAUUAUGUCAA